AUGGCGUCGACUUCACAGACGACUCCUGAUACCCCCGUCACUUUGAAGGUGAACUACGACGGCACCACCCGCCGCACCAAGUUGCCUCUCCGUGACCUGGGUGCAAGCUCUCUAGAGGACAAGCUCCGAUCGUUCCUGAACAUCCCCAGCACAGCUAACUGCGUCUUCGAGCGAUACUCUGAUUCAGCAGCAUCCUAUGUUGUUCUCGACCAGAACAACAUCUCCGUCUACAAGCAACUCUACCGUGCCGCCAAGGCAAAGCAAAAGCUCAAGCUCCGAGUCACCGUCAAGGAGGUCGAGGAGAAGGGUCCCAAGCCAGUGACCAUCGAGGACGAGGAGGACCCCGAGUUGCCCGAGCCCGUUCAGACCAAGUCCCCAGCUCCCCUGAUUUCCGAAGCUUCCUCGGUUAUCUCAGCACCUGCCGACGAACAGGCCCACCUUCGAACCCGUCUUCGAAGUGCCGUCGAACUGUUGGCCCAAGAGCACAAGGAGAUGGAGCGAAAUAUCGAGUUGCUCGAGGCUUCCUUUGCUGCUCAGCGACUGAGCCCUCCUCAGCCUGAACCGGAGGUGAAGAAGACGUCUGAGAUCCCCAUCACCUUUGGCCCUUGCUCGCGAGGCUGGCGAUCUACUGCCACGACUGCCGAGACUCCCGUCUGCGCACCACGUGCCAACUUUGCUGUCUGCUGCAACAGCUGCGACCGCACUAUUCCCGAGUCUCAUUACCACUGCUCGACUUGCGACGAUGGCGACUUUGAUCUGUGCCAGGAGUGUGUCGACCAGGGCAUCACCUGCUAUGGUGCUGAUCACUGGCUGAUCAAGAGAUUCGUUAAGAACGGCAUGAUCAUCAACAGCACCACCGAGCGGAUUGCUCCCAAGCCCAAGGCAAAGCCCCAGGAGGAGCGCCGUGUGCCUGAGCAUCCCUUCCAGCUUCCUGCUCCACCGGUUGUGCAGCAUGCUAUCUUGCACAUGAACCGCGCUCCGUUCAAUGCUGUCCGAACUUGCAACAACUGCGUCCAGGAGUUUGCCGAACAGGAGUUCGUCCACUGCACAGUCUGUGAGGACUUCGACCUGUGCAAGUCCUGCUUUACCAAGGACCAGCAUGGUCACCAUCCCAAGCACGGCUUCGUCCCUGCUGUAGAGGGCACUGCAUUCUCAGCUGAUAUCUCCAAGCGUCUUGCUCCUGGCCGUAGCCAGCGACAUAAUGCCAUCUGCGACGGUUGCGACAAGUUUAUCUUUGGCGUCCGCCAUAAGUGCCUCGACUGCCCUGACUGGGACUACUGCUCUGACUGCGUUGUGAACGCUGGCUUCAUUCAUCCCAACCAUCGCUUCGUGCCUAUCUACGAGCAGAUUGCCGAUGUUCGUGCUCGAACUAACUUCCGGCCCACUCACUUCGGCAUCUGCUGUGAUGGCCCGCUUUGCUCGUCUGGCCGCAACACUGCUGCCUACAUCGUUGGCGACCGCUACAAGUGCGCCGUCUGCAACGACACUGACUUCUGCGCCAACUGCGAGGCCAGCCCCGCCAACACCCACAACAAGACGCAUCCGCUCAUCAAGUUCAAGACGCCAGUCCGUCAUGUUAGUGUCACGACUACUGGCGAGCAUGAGGAUGGUCAGCGAAUGCCUGCCAUGGGUGAUCGAUCCCUGCGUACUAGGACCAGCACUAGCUCCCGUGCAACUGAGACUACUCUGAACAACCAGGACAUUGCUCCCGCACCAGUUCAGACAGUGGUUGAUAUGGCACCAGUCAAGGUCGAGGAGUCGACCACUGAACUUGCGAAGGUUGAGGUCAAGGAGGAGCCUGUCGAGGAAGAGUCCAAGCCCGAAGAGUCCAUUGUCGAGGAGUCUGCUUCUGCUGAUGACCUGAUCGCGGUGUUCGAGCGAGACACAAUUGCUGAUGGCACUGUUAUGCCCCCCAACCACGUCUUUGAGCAGACCUGGGUUCUCCGCAACGCCGGCACCGUCCCCUGGCCUGCGGGAUGCGCUGUCAAGUUUGUUGGUGGUGACUAUAUGGGCCACGUUGACCCCAAGCACCCUGCCGGCAUCCAAGAGCUCGUCUCUGCCUCGGAGUCUACUGUCUGCUACAACACUCUUGCUCCUGGCCAGGAGUUCCCUUUCACAGUUCUGCUCCGCACUCCUGCCCGUGAAGGCAAGACUAUCUCCUACUGGCGCUUGACCACCAAGGACGGUCUCAAGUUUGGCCAUCGUUUGUGGUGCGAAGUUGACGUCAAGAAGCCAGAGGAAGAGACCAAGGAGAUCAUCAAGGAGGAGCCCCAGGAGGCUAUUGCCCCUAUUGUUGAGGAAUCCGUCUCUUCAUCUCCCAAGACUGAGGAGAGCCAGAUGAUCUUCCCCAAGCUUGAGAAGGAGUCGCCCGUGUCUAGCGUUCACGAGGAGGCCAAGUCCGAGACUUACGUGCCUUACGAGGCCGACCAGGAGGCUAAUGACUUCGACGAGUACGUCGAGGAUGACGAUUGGGCAGAGGAGGCUGAGGAGUCCGAGGAUGGAUUCAUGACUGAUGAGGAGUACGAUAUCCUCGAUGCGUCUGAUGAGGAGUAUCUCGAGGAGCAGCAGAAGAAGCUCCUGAAGAAGUAA